AUGACAGACCUUCAAGCCCUGGUAGCAAGCAUGCGUUAUGUUUUCCCAAUCAGGGUCUCAGAGUCUCACCCGCACCAGGAGCUCGGCAACUGGUGCAAGUCGAAGGACUUGGUCGCAAGCGGUGGGCUCAGUGCAGACUCGAGAACGCUGUCGUCAGGGAAGAACAUGUGGUCAAGCAAGUGCCUCUUCAUGCUUAGCCGGCUUCUUUCGACAACCUUCUUUGUAGGGGGCGCCCUGGAUGAGCAGGGCUUGCGUGUGGAAGGCCUCGUGGAGCUCUCGCACCGGCAAAAGUUGGGAAUCCGCGAGGAGGACCUCGUCAAAGAGCUCGUCCAGCGCGUGUCUGAGCUGAUCCGAGCAGAGCAGUGCAUGGAGCGCGGGAUGACGGUGGAGGCAGCCUUCGAUGCCGUUGUGCCGCGGGAGCUGACUCCAAUAGGUGCUGAUGAUCAGGAGUAUCAGGCGGUUGAUGCCUGGGCACAUGCUGGAGAUCAGCUCGGCGAACUGCUGAAGGGCUUCGUGACGGAGGCUAGCCUCGAAGAAGUGAAGGUCCGCCUCGGUCAGGCGCUGCUGGCUUCCUCGCUCUCGGGGUCUCUGCAGAUGGCCAAGGCAUCCCUGAAGGCUGUUGAGACGCCGUUCGAGCUCCUGCCUUCCGUCGGCAACUUGAUGCUCCCGCUGCCGGAGGAGAGUGCAUCCCCCUGCAAGCCAGUUGAG